CUCCCUGCUACGCUACCAUCUGCAGGAUACAUAUUCAGGCUGCUCCGUUGGAGAUGGGAGUCCAUCUGCUUGGGCUAUGUCCAUGCUACUUGAAACCCCUUGAUACACUCGUUCCAGAAAGAUCGACGGUGCGUAAGAGAGAAAACAUAAUUUCCACUAAUCUGCUCCGCCAAGUUCUGGCCAAGAAUUAGUUAAUUCGCAUAUGUCGUCACAAUUAACUCUCCCACACUAACUUAGAAUACGACCGCCAUGACCAUGCCGCCGAGAUGAUCAAUCUGCUUCACCGACAAGAGAGACCGGCAUUGUUCCUCCAUCUCCACAACUGUGAUGCGCAAACAUCCCUCUCACCUGCUCUGCUUCCGAGCUCUGACAUUCAUGUGCAGCGUUGGUUCCAAAUCUGCGUGCAACCCAAAAACUAAACUCCGUGCACCAUGUAUAUCCACCACACUCCGGCAGCACUGCCUCGAUGCCAACACAAGUGUUGCAGGCAAAACCCCUCGUCCUCGCGUCGGAUCCCGCAUCUUCCGCCAGAAUCAGAACCAACCGGCGCCAAAUGCCGUUACGACGUGCUCGCGGUUUCCCCUCUCCAAGACGUUGCCUGCUCCACUCAUGUCCCGGUCUCAGCGUGGCUGUGCUGGCUGCCAACACCAAUCCGAGGGCUUUUCAUUCCCUGUUGAUGAAGCCAUUAACGCCUACCGUGGAAAUGGGCGGUAGGGCAUCCGUUGAAUUUCGGUGCAGUCCCGAGCGUGCCAAGUGUAGAUGGCGUCUUACGUGGGCUGGUGAUGAUCAAGCUUUGCUCCGUGCGUAGAUGAUCAAAGGAAAUUCAAAGGUACCUCAGUUUCGUAGGUGUCAUGUAGGGUAAGGAUAAGGGAGAUCCUAGGGGUAAGACUUGCUUCUGGGAAAUGAGGUGGGCUAUGCAAACAUGUUAUCGUGGGGGUUGGGGAUCCACGUAAUAUCUCGGCAUCAACGUCACUUUGUCACUGCGUGUCAUACGACGGUGGGAAGCUCGCCGCGAUGUGUUGUCUGGAAUGAGAAGACACAUUCCCUUGGCUUUUCGAUGUAAACAGUUGACUUUUGACG